AUGUCGAAUUACGGAGCAACCAAUGCCGCCCCUGCCGGAGCUCGCGACCAAGAGUCACAGGCCCUCCUCAACAACCACCAGGUCAACAACACCGAGGCCAACGACACCUUCUACGGUCGCACCUUUGUUCACGUCCACACCCACCGCAAGCGUUAUUUCUUCCUCUGGCUCCUCGCUGCCGUCACUGCCGUCUCGGUCGUCGUUGGAUUGUACUUUUACGAGCACAAGCACAAGAAACAUACUCCUCCUUCGGGUGACGAGGGACUUUUGACGAGCCUGCGUCCUCCCUCCGUUUGCGAGUCUGACCGUUCCUACCCUGUGGCUAUUAUCUUGUCCCUCUUUUUGGGCGAGUUUGGCAUUGACCGUUUCUACCUUGGAUACAUUUUCACUGCCCUCCUCAAGCUUGCCACCGUUGGUGGAUUUGGUAUCUGGUACAUCAUCGAUAUUGUCCUGAUCAUCCUCGGAGCUCUUCCUGACCACAACGGAUGCCGCUUGAUUGCUCCCUAA